AUGAAUAAGGAUUAUGUUAUGGAAUCCCAGGAUGAAGCGGUGGAGGAAUCCAUGGACAAAAAGUCGAUGUUAAAAGGAUUCUCAAAAGCGUUUAGCACUAUAAGUAAAAAGAGCCAUGAUAAGGUCAUUGAGAAGAAGCACAAGAAACCGGAAGAGGAUGAUGAAUCAGUGGCAUCAGUAAAGGUACAUCGCAAAACAAGUGUGAGAGUCGACCCAUCAGAAUAUCCGGAGGAACAGGAAAAAAAAUAUAAAAGAAUAGCAACCAAAGGAGGUAUUUGA